AAUAUUAUAACCUCGCUAGAUAUUAUAUACUACUUAGAUAAUAUAGAAGUUAUUAGUAGAUUAGAUAAGCUAACUCUAACUACGUCUAAAGAUAUAUCUAAAGCUAAACUAGUGAGUAAGAAGGAAUAUAAGAUAUUGAAGAAGAAAUAA